AUGGAAACCAAAUCUGACUCUGAUCAUGCUGAUUCCAAACCGGGCACAUCCAAAGGUGCUACUGCUAGUUCAUCUCCAUCUGCACCCACAACAUCAGCUGCAGUGACUUUGAAGUUGCCUCCAUUUUGGCCCAGUGACCCUGCCCUUUGGUUUGCGCAAGUGGAAGCGCAAUUUCUAACCCGUAACAUCACUCAGCAACACACCAAGUUCGCAUACGUGGUUGGAUCCUUGCAGCCAGAGUUUGCAACUGAAGUGAGGGACAUCCUCAUUUCACCCCCUGAGCAUAAUGCCUACGACAGCCUGAAGACCGCCCUCAUCCGUCGAACCUCCGUAUCAGAGCAGAAAAGACUGCACCAGUUGCUAAUAUCGGAGGAGCUGGGGGACCGCAAGCCUUCACAAUUACUACGUCGUAUGCGGCAGUUGUUAGGAGACAACACGCUCGAAGAAAACAUCCUGAAACAACUGUUUCUUCAGAGAUUAUCGACCAACGCCCAACUAAUCCUGGCAUCAACAUCUCAAACGACACCCAUUGAGCAACUCGCAGAACUUGCAGACAAGAUUGUUGAAGUUUCUGUCUCGCCUACUGUACAUGUCGGGGCAGUUUCAUCCAGCCAGCCUGGCAGUUCGUCGCCUCCAACACCCAUGCCAAGUUCAGAUAUGCUCACACUACAAGCCAAAGUUGACCAGCUAACCCAACAAGUCAGCGCUCUCACAUGCCAACUCUCCGGGAAACUCCGAUGCCAGCGACUAAAGGCGACGAGUCUCCCUGGCACCGACACCAAUAGUCGCCUAUUCUUCAUCACUGAACGCAAGACAGGGGCCCGGUUCCUGGUAGAUACGGGAGCGGAAGUGAGCGUUUGGCCUCCAUCGGCUGCGGAUAAACGUCAUGCCCAGUCUUCAUCUAUCAAUCUUCAGGCGGUGAACAAAUCUCCCAUCAACACAUAUGGUGAGAAGUCACUCACUUUGGAUGUCGGGUUGCGUCGAGUCUUCCGUUGGGUGUUCAUUAUCGCGGACCUGCCGAACCCAAUAAUUGGAGCAGAUUUUCUCCAACACUUCGGACUGCUAGUCGACGUUCAGUGUCGCAAACUCAUCGACUCCACUACAAGCCUCACCGUAGGUGGAAUCGGUUCAGAUGCCAUUCCCAUCAGUCCAACCGUUGCCAAGCUGAGUGAGUCGCCCUAUGAAGUGAUCCUUGAACAAUUUCCAGAACUGACACGUCCGACUUACACUGCCAAGGACGUUAAGCACUCUAUAACGCAUCACAUUGUGACUAAGGGUCCCCCAGUGUCAGCUCGCCCAAGACGCCUGGCUCCCGACAAGUUCAUCACGGCGAAAGACGAGUUCAAUCAUAUGCUUGAUCUCGGCAUCAUUGAAGCUUCGGACGGUGCAUGGUCGUCGCCUUUACAUAUGGUGGCCAAGAAGUCAGGUGACUGGAGGCCGUGCGGAGACUACCGUGCCCUCAACCGUGUUACAGUACCCGACCGCUAUCCGAUUCCCCAUCUGCAUGACUUUACAGCCAAUCUGGAGGGUAAACGCGUGUUCUCAAAGAUCGACUUAGUACGCGCUUACCACCAAAUUCCGGUCCAUACUGACGACAUCCACAAGACCGCCAUCACAACACCUUUCGGUCUGUUCCACUUCCUUCGCAUGCCUUUCGGCCUGCGGAAUGCCGCUCAGACUUUCCAACGAUUCAUCGACAUGGUUACGCGAGACUUACCUUUCGUGUACGCCUACAUCGAUGACAUCCUGGUCGCGAGUGAGACAGAGGAGGACCAUGUUGAGUACUUGCGUCUUCUCUUCAGCAGACUUUCCGAAUAUGGCAUUAUCAUCAACCCAUCCAAAUGCCAGUUCGGGGUUCCCACCCUCGAUUUCCUGGGACACAGAAUCGACGCUGAUGGUAUCCGUCCCAUGAGAGACAGAGUCAACGCGAUUGCAGAGUUCCCUCAGCCUACCUCCACCCGUCAACUGCGCAGAUUUUUGGGACUGGUAAACUUUUACCGUCGUUUCGUGCCAAACUGCGCAAGCGUGAUCGCCUCACUGACAGACCAGCUGCGAAAAGACCCAACCAGUCACGCAAAUCAACCAAACUGA